GAUUACUUUGCUGAAUAACCGAGAAACAACAAUGGGGAAAAGCGAUGAUUCAAUAACGAGAAGGAAAAAUAAAAAGAGCAGAAAAAAGCAAGAAAAUAAGGAUUCCUCCAAAGUCUCUAAUCGCAUAGCUUCCAUUAUUGCUGCUAAAAAGCGUCGACUAACAGGCAAACGCCGCAAGUGUCAGGGUAUGUGUUUUAGCCUUCCUACAUCUGAGGAUCCAUUCAAUGAUAGAUACGGUGAAACUGAUGCUGUGAAGAAUAAGAAACGACCUCUAGAUUCUAGAGUAGACAAGACACAUAUGGACAAGAAGCGAGCAUUGUCAAGGAACAUGGCUGCUAAUAAAGAUCAUGCAAAUGAAGAUGCCAAAAAAGAAAAGUUAUUUAAACUUGAGAAGAUUGAGAACAACACAAUUGCAUCUGUUACAGUCUUUAAAUCUGAGGGGAAGCAAGAUGUGGGGAAGCCUGGAAAAACGGAGGUCCCAAUGCUUCAGGCCUGUGGGAACAAAACUGAUGAAGGAGGGCAUGAAAUUUUUCAAGAUUGCCCAUCAAAGUUUUUAGUUCUUUGUCUGAAUACCAUUCAGAAUGCUCUGCAACAUGAAUCGGCCUUUAGCAGUGAAGAUAGACCUUUCUUUGUUCACAAAUGGGGAGUUGAGUUUUGGAAGUUUUAUUCAAGUGGAAGGGAUAUAGUAGAGACCAGUGGAGCAGAUUCUGAUUCCGAGCAAAUUGCUUGGGUGGUGUCGUGUGCUGCUGAUACCAUUGCAAGAAAGGAGAAGGGAGGAUUGUCAUUUAGCAGUCCCUUUCUUUUAUUCAUUGUGCCAUCUCAAGAAAAGGCUGCCAAGGUACGGAAAAUCUGCAAGCCUUUGAAAGCUCUUGGAAUACAUACAGUGAGUUUGCAUCCAGGUGCCUCAAUAGAUCAUCAAAUUCGAGGGUUAAAAAGUUGUGAACCAGAGUUUCUAUUAUCUACACCUAAGAGACUUCUAGAGCUCGUCUCCUUAAACGAGGUCGACAUCAGUGGGGUUUCCUUGCUGGUUAUUGAUGGAUACGGAACUUACUCAGAUAAUGAUUGUAUUGAACUCAUUAGGCAAUCAAUUUCUGGGUGUCCCCAGGCAGUGGUAUUCAGUGAAUGCUCAAGUAAUUCGUCUACUCCAAUUUUGCCAAACCUUUUGCAGGGUUCGGUCUGCCGGAUAUCUUCUGAUGAUUUGGAGUGUGUUAGAUGACAGACUCAUUGAAAGGUCAAUUUUGAUGUUGUUUGUCAAUAAAGAUAGAUACACAUCUUGGAUUGUCUUUUCUAGACUCUUCGCCCCUCAGGAGUUCGGCCAACUCGGGCAUUUCAUCUGACCGGUUUCGUCAUUCAGCUACAGUAAACCACCUCAGCUUGGCCUAAUUACUGGCUUGACAAAUGGGUCGCUGACAGUAUUGAAGAUGGAAAUCAAAUCGUCUGUUUUUCUUUUACAACGGAAGAAAAUAGUUAACAAUUAAAAUUGAAUUUCACUUGAGCGAAAUUUAUAACUCCAUCUCCAAGCAAUCCCCUGAGAGUUUUUUCCAUUUUGCUUUUGGUUUGUUUGAUUUGUCCUAUUGUAGUCAAACAUUCACAACAGGCAGGGUGCGGACAGACUCUAACCUCCAAGGAAAUGAGCCAAUUGUUUGCUAA